CUAAUUGAUUACAACAACAGCUCCAGCGGUAAUAAUGACAUCAUCUCGACAAAAAGAUGAUGAGAUUGACCAAUUGAGAGCCAAGACAGACUUCCUCAAUCCAUCGAUUUCGGCAGAUUGGGCGAAAAAAAAGUUGAUGUGGGUACCCAGUGAGAAGGAUGGAUUCGCACUUGGAGCUGUCAUCGGGGAACCACAUGCAGACGGAACUAUCGACAUUGAGCUUAUGGAGACUGGCGAACGGCAGCGUGUUUCGUCUGAUGAUUGCCAGAAGCCAAAUCCUCCGAAAUAUGACAAAUGCGAGGAUAUGUCAAUGCUGACGUGUCUGAAUGAAGCGUCGGUUCUUCAUAAUCUAAAGCAACGAUAUUUCUCGAAUCUCUACUACACAUACUCUGGCUUGUUCUGCGUUGUAAUAAAUCCAUACAAACGAAUUCCAAUCUACACGGAUACAAUUGCUGAACAGUUCAAAUGCAAAAAGAGAAAGGAGAUGCCACCACACAUAUUUGCUGUUGCCGAUGAAGCCUACCGCAGCAUGCUUCAAGAACGAGAUGAUCAGUCAAUUCUCUGCACUGGAGAAUCGGGAGCUGGAAAGACUGAAAAUACAAAGAAAGUGAUUCAGUAUUUGGCUUAUGUGGCAAAUCGGUCGAUGGUGAAGAAUCGGAAGACUUCCGUUGAUCUGGACACAUCUACAAACCGGAUCAUGGGCCAGCUUGAGGAACAGCUUUUGCAAGCAAAUCCCAUACUCGAGGCUUUCGGAAACAGUAAGACAGUGAAGAACGAUAAUUCCAGUAGAUUUGGAAAGUUCAUUCGCGUUCAUUUCGACAGCACAGGGUGCAUUUCUGGAGCGAAUAUUGAAUUUUAUCUUCUGGAGAAAUCUCGCGUGCUGAAACAAGCUCCCAAUGAGCGAUCGUUCCACAUUUUCUACCAGUUGCUGAAAGGACUCUCAAAAGUACAGAGAGAACAUUAUCUCCUAGAAGACAGCCUAUCCAAGUACAAGUUUGUCUCAAAUGGUGACAGUAAAUUGGCUGGAGUUGAUGAUGGAGCAGAGAUGAAGGAAACACUGAAUGCCAUGUCAAUUAUGGGAUUGAACGACGAAGAGAUUGGAGGAAUACUUAGAGUUGUCUCGGCAGUUAUGCUCUUUGGAAAUCUUGAAUUUUCUCACGAAAACAAGAAUAACGAUCAGGCUGUUCUGCUCAAUGACGCUGUUGCUCAAAAAAUCGCUUCACUUCUCGGAGUCAAUGUUACCGAAUUGAUGCGUGCAUUCUUGAAGCCAAAAAUCAAGGUUCAAAGGGAUUUGGUCCAUCGAGCUCAAAGCGUAGACCAAGUCAAUUUCUCUGUGGGAGCCAUUGCGAAGGCCUCGUAUGAGCGACUCUUCAGAUGGUUGGUUCAUCGCCUCAACAAAUCUCUCGAUCGGACCCGUCAACAAUCUGUCAGCUUUAUCGGAAUUCUUGAUAUUGCUGGUUUUGAAAUUUUUGAAACAAACUCAUUCGAGCAGCUAUGUAUCAACUACACUAACGAGAAACUUCAACAACUCUUCAACAAUACAAUGUUCGUUCGUGAACAGCAAGAAUAUCUUGAUGAAGGAUUGGAGUGGAAGUUCUUGGAUUUCGGCCUCAAUCUUCAACCGACUAUUGACUUGAUUGAUAAGCCUAUGGGAAUCAUGUCAACUCUUGAUGAUGUUUGUCUAUUCCCACAAGGAAAUGAUCAAUCAUUUGUUCAACGCCUCAAUAACACUCAUUCUCAACAUCCGAAGUACGUCGUUCCAGAGAUUCGCUCACGAAGCGAUUUUGCCGUUGUUCAUUAUGCGGGCCGAGUCGACUAUCAAUCUGAAGGUUGGCGCGUGAAAAACAUGGAUCCAUUGAAUGAGAAUGUGAUUGAUGUGCUCAAAACUUCAAAGGAAUCUCUUAUUGUCGACAUGUGGAAAGAUAUCGCUGAUGUUUGCAGUUUGUCAGCUGCUGACAGUACUUCAGAUACCGGAGUAUUUGGAUCUCGUGUUCCAAAGAAGGGAAUGUUCCGUACUGUUUCUCAACUUUACAAAGAACAAUUGGCUCGUCUUAUGAGUACUCUCAAUAACACCAAUCCUCACUUUGUUCGCUGCAUCAUUCCAAAUCACGAAAAGAAACAUGGAGUUCUCAACGCUCAUCUUGUUCUUGAUCAAUUAAGAUGCAACGGAGUGUUGGAAGGAAUUCGUAUAUGCCGUCAAGGAUUCCCUACGCGGCUCCCGUUCCAAGAAUUCCGUCAACGCUACGAGAAACUUCUUGCCCCUGAUGUCAACCCAGCUGGAUUCAUGGACGGUAAAAACGCCGUUUAUCGUAUUGUUCAAUAUCUGGAAGUUGACGCCAACCUCUUCCGUAUUGGUCAAUCUAAGAUCUUCUUCCGUUCUGGAGUUAUAGCUGAGUUUGAGGAGAUGCGUGAUCAGAAGCUUUCCGCUCUUAUUGAAUCUUUCCAAGCUCAAUGUCGUGGAUGGCUAGGACGCCGAGUGAUGGUACGCAGACGAGAACAAGAAGUUGCUAUCAAAAUUCUUCAAAGAAAUGGUUUGGCAUGGAUGAGACUGCGUGAAUGGCAAUGGUGGAGACUUCUGACCAAAGUGAAGCCACUUCUCGAAGUUACCAACAAAGACGAAUUAAUUGCUGAGCGAGAACAAGAACUGAAAGUGACAGCUGAAAAGCUUCGUAGAUCCGAGGUAUUCAUCUCCGAUUACAAGCAACAAAUGGAAAAAAUGGACGAGGAGCGGCUGGUUUUAAAGACGAGACUCGAUGCUGAAUCGUCUGAGAGAGCUGAAAUAUUUGAGGAACGUUCCCGAAUGGCUGCUCGGAGAGACGAACUUGAAGGAAUCCUUGAAGAAGUUUCGAAGAGACUGGAGAUCGAAGAGCAAAAGGCAAAGAAGGCUGAUUCUGAAUCCCGAAAAUUGACGGAGAUGGUUAGACAUCUCGAAGAGAAUCUUGAAGAUGAAGAAAGAAGCCGUCAGAAAUUGUUGCUCGAAAAAAAUUCAAUUGAAUCUCGGUUGAAGGAACUGGAAGCACAAGGACUCGAGCUUGAAGAUUCUGGAAACAAGUUGUCGAAAGAAAAGAAGGCUUUGGAAGAACGCUGUGAAGAUCUUUCGUCACGUUUAAUUGACGAGGUUGAACGAUCGAAACAAUUGGUCAAGGCAAAGGCUCGCCUGGAAGCUACGGUUGCAGAGAUAAACGAUGAAUUGGAAAAAGAGAAGCAGCAGAGACAUAAUGCCGAAACAGCUCGUCGUGCUGCCGAAACACAGCUCCGCGAGGAACAAGAAUCAUGCCUGGAAAAGACUCGUAAAGCGGAAGAGUUGACAAAUCAGCUGAUGCGCAAAGAGUCGGAAUUGUCGCAAAUAAGCAUUCGGAACGACGAAGAACUCGCAGCUCGGCAACAGUUAGAACGUGAAAUUCGGGAAAUUCGUGCACAGCUUGACGAUGCAAUUGAGGAGACAAACAAGGAGAAAGCUGCUCGUCAGAAAGCAGAGAAAGCUCGUCGAGAUAUGGCUGAAGAAUUGGAAUCCUACAAGCAAGAAUUGGAAGAAUCCAAUGAUAAAACCGUUCUCCACUCGCAACUCAAAGCUAAACGAGAUGAAGAGUAUGCUCAUUUGCAGAAACAACUUGAGGAAACAGUCAAAUCUUCUGAAGAAGUUGUGGAGGAAAUGAAGGCUCAGAAUCAGAAAAAGAUUGAGGAGUUGAAUGAGACGAUCGAUCAGUUGAAACGUCAGAAAAUUUCGGCUGACAAGGCAAAAUCUUCUGCUGAAUCUGAUAACGAGAACUUCCGUGCCGAGCUGUCCAACAUAGCAUCGGCUCGUCUGGAGGCGGAAAAGAAGCGGAAAGCGGCCGAGACGUCGUUGAUGGAGAAGGAUCAUAAGAUGCGUGAAAUGCAGUCAAAUCUUGAUGAUCUUAUGGCUAAGUUAUCGAAGAUGAACAACGAGCUUGAAAGCAUUCAAAAAGCAAAGAGUGCUGACGAAACUCUGAAUUCUAACCUUCUCAAGAAGAAUGCUUCACUCGACAUGCAGUUGUCUGAGCUUACUGAAGCUUCUGAGGAAGAUCGUCGAACUAGAGCCACGUUAAACAAUAAAAUUCGUCAGCUCGAAGAAGAUCUUGCGGUUGCUGUUGAAGCCAGAGAUGACGCACUUGACGCACAAGAAAAGAUCGAAAAAGAGGUCAAAGAAGUCAAAUCUCUGUUGGCCGAGGCUAGAAAGAAGUUGGAUGAGGAAAAUAGAGAGGUGAUGGAAGAAUUGCGGAAGAAGAAGGAGAAGGAGUUGUCAGCCGAGAAAGAGCGGGCCGACAUGGCUGAACAAGCAAGAGAUAAGGCUGAACGGGCCAAGAAGAAGGCUAUCCAGGAGGCUGAGGACGUGCAAAAAGAGUUGACUGAUGUGGUGGCCGCAACUAGAGAGAUGGAGAGAAAAAUGAGGAAGUUUGAUCAACAGCUCGCCGAGGAGAGAAACAACACUUUGCUCGCUCAGCAAGAAAGAGAUAUGGCUCAUCAAAUGCUACGUGAUGCAGAGACGAAGGCUCUGGUGUUGUCAAAUGAAUUAUCCGAGAAAAAGGAUAUUGUGGAUCAGUUAGAAAAGGACAAACGGACUCUCAAACUAGAGAUUGACAAUUUGGCCUCCACCAAGGAUGAUGCUGGAAAGAAUGUUUACGAGUUGGAGAAGACGAAACGUCGCCUUGAUGAAGAGUUGAGUCGUGCGGAACAACAAAUCAUUGAACUAGAAGAUGCUCUCCAACUUGCUGAUGAUGCUAGAAGCAGAGUUGAAGUCAACAUGCAAGCAAUGAGAUCCGAGUUCGAACGUCAAUUAGCCUCUCGCGAAGAAGAUGAGGAUGAUCGUAAGAAGGGACUCACUUCUAAAAUCCGAAAUCUUACCGAAGAGCUUGAAUCUGAACAACGUGCUCGUCAAGCUGCAAUUGCCAACAAGAAGAAGAUCGAAUCUCAAAUCAGCGAGUUGACUGAAAAGAACGAAGCUUCUUUGAGACAAAUCGAAGAUCUUUCGCGUCAGCUUCGCAAAGCCCAACUGGGAUGGAAAGAUCUCCAGCUGGAUGUUACAGAAGCUCGUGCUGCCAUGGAAGAUGCUCUUGCUGGACAAAGAGACGCAGAGAAGAGAGCUCGGGCUUCGGAGGAUGAGAUCAAGAGACUCACCGCCGAUAUUCAAGCUGUCAGCUCUUCAAAACGUAAAGCAGAAGCUGAGCGCGAUGAACUCAUUGAAGAAGUUUCUAGUCUUCGCGCUUCCUCAUUCAGUAAUGAGGAGAAGAGACGUCUUGAAGCAAAGGUAAUUGAUUUGGAAGACCAACUCGACGAGGAGGCUUCGGCAAAUGAAUUGGCACAAGAGAAGGUUCGCAAGUCACAACAGCAACUAGAACAAAUGACAGCUGAUCUUGCAAUGGAAAGAAGUGUUUGUGAGAGAACAGAAUCAGAUAAAAUUGCAUUGGAACGUGCGAAUCGUGAUUUGAAGCAACAACUUCAAGAUGCUGAAAAUACCGCUGUGGCUCGUCUUCGUACACAAAUCAACGUUGCGGAAGCCAAAGUUUCCAGUCUUGAGCAACAGCUUUCAUUGGAAGAGCAGGAUAAGAUGCGUCAAGGCAGAACCCUGCGACGAAUGGAAACGAAAAUGGCAGAGAUGCAGCAAAUGCUCGAGGAAGAGAAGAGACAAGGUGAAAGUAAUCGUCAGGCUGUUGAUCGUCAGAAUGCUAGAAUCCGUCAACUUCGUACACAGUUGGAAGAUACUGAGGCAGAGCGAGACCGUUUGACAAACAAGUUGAAGGACGAGCGGAGAAGAGCUGAAGAGAUGACUGAUCUCAAUGAGACACUCUCCAGAGAUGUUUCUUUAUUGAAACAGCGUGAAACGACAGCUCGUAGAACACCUGGAUUGAUUGGACAUCGUGAAUCGAGAAGAUUUGGAAGCAACACCAGCCUUGCACGAGAUGAAUUCCGUGGAUCAGCUCUCACAAACGAAAUGUCACCAUCUGACCGUCCAGCUUCUCGUCUCACAUCUGGAACCGGAUCCCAACUUGGCAACACCGAUGAAGACCGCGACUCAGUUCGCAACUAACCUCUAAAGUUUUUAAUUCCGGAUUAUUUUUUUGUUUAAUUUACUGACCUGAUUGUAUCCAAACGUUCCCAAUUCUUAUCCAUUCCCCUAUGUUUUUAGACCAUGAUUGUCCCCUUGAUCAACAUUUCCCUGCACAAUCUGCUUUAAUAGUAUUCGCCGUGUUAUAAAUUUGCACAAUAUCGCAUGUCACGUCGUUCUUCUCGUUUCAUGUCUAUCACCAUCAUCACCUCAGCUUCAAUAUGUAUUUUUAUCAUUUACCGCUUCCCGGUAGAACAUUUUUCGUACGGAUAGUGUCCCAAAUAAUGCCCCAACAUUGCUUCCCAUUCCCCAGGCACUAUCCGGUUGUCCCAAGUUUAAAUUAUUAUCGAGUUGAAGAUGACAAAUAAAAACGAAAUUUGUGUUUUCGAGUAAAUUGAAGACGCUCAUUUUACUGCAAACAACCGCUAUC